ACCACCUACCCACUACCCACGGUGGGUAUGACUUUUGUAUCCAUACCCACCUUGGCCACCUACAUACCCGCCAAGCUUGCACCCAUACCCGUCCCAACUGGAGUGGGUGCGGUGCGAGACCCGCAUUUCUAUACCCACCUACCAUCCCUAAAUCCAAAGGUGGAAAUACACUCAUUACUCCAAUUUUUUUUUUUUUUUUUUUGAAAAGACUCCAUCUAUUCAUUUCCUCCAGUUCUAAACUUUUCUGGCCAACCUGGAUUAGGUUGACUUGUGCCAGAUUUUCAUUUUCAAUUUCCAUUUCAAAUGUCGACAAACUAUAGUUAAUUAGUUAUGGACCCUACAAUUUCGUAUUCACAGGGACCCACCUCCUAAAUAUACUUCACCAUCACCACCUGAAUGACAACGAAACCACUGUCCAAUGAUGAUGACGAACAACUUCAACUCACCUUCAUUGAAGGACCUUCUCAAAUCUCCAACCUUCAUCAAAAUCACUCUUUUCUCUCUCCUCUCUAUCUCCCUCUUCUUCCUCUUCUCCUCCUUCUCUUCCUCCCCUUUUCCCCUCAAAAGUCUCUCUCCUUCACAGCCAUUGCCGCCAUUUCCGGUGCUCGAGAGAACAGGCAUUGUCGACGAGAAUGGCGCCAUGGUUGAUACCUUCAAUGUCGGGGAGAUUAACCCUUUAUCUUCCGAUGAAAUGCUUGCUAAUAUCACUCGGAAAUACGAGUCAUAUGGACUAUGGAGCUAUGCCGACAAAGGUUAUAAUGAACCUGAAGAUGAAAGCAGCCUAAGUGAUGCUCAAAGGAAGAGACUUGAGGAAGAAAGGAUGAAGGAUGCAAAGGCAUUAUAUCUCAUACAAAAUGCGGUGAAAGAUACCAUUUUUUCAAGAAUUAUGAGGGCUAAUACAGCAAAGGAGGCAAGGGAGAUUCUACAACAAGAGUUCCAGGGAGAUAGCAAGGUGAGAAGUAUUAAACUUCAAUCUUUAAGAAGAGAUUUUGAAAAUUUAAGGAUGAAAGAUAAUGACUUGGUUAAAGAUUAUUUUUCAAGAAUUAUUGAGAUUGUUAAUCAAAUGAAAUCAUAUGGAGAAGAAAUUUCGGAUGAAAAAAUUGUGAAGAAAAUUCUAGUAUCAUUAAAUGACAAAUUUGACAAUAUAGUUACAAUAAUUGAAGAAACAAAAGAUUUAUCCAACAUAACUGUUGAACAACUUAUGGGAUCUCUGGAGUCCCAUGAACAAAGAAAAACUCGUCAAAGUAAUGAUGAAGACAUGAUGGAGACCGCGCUUGCAGCAAAAUUUUCCCUUAAACCAGGGGAAAUCAAGAGAAAUGGGUCCAUGAAGAAGGUCGAGGGUGAAGAUGAAGAAGAUUCACCAAAAUACAAAGAAUACUUCAAAUUUUAUCCCACCGCUACUUCCACUCACCUAAAUUCUAACAGGUUUAGGGUUUUGGAGAAGUAUAAGGUGUGUAAUGAGAGUAUGAGGGAGUUUAUUCCUUGUUUGGAUAAUGUUGAUGUGAUUCGUCGAUUGAAUUCGACGGAAAGAGGGGAGAGAUUUGAGCGGCAUUGUCCUGAGAUUGGGAAAGGUUUGGAUUGUUUGGUUCCUGCUCCUCGGAACUACCGGUCUCCGAUUCCGUGGCCUCAAAGCCGUGAUGAGGUAUGGUUUGAUAAUAUACCUCACACACGGCUGGUUGAAGAUAAAGGAGGCCAGAAUUGGAUAUCAAUUAAGGGAGAGAAAACUGUGUUUCCUGGUGGUGGCACACAAUUUAUUCAUGGUGCUGAUCAAUACUUGGAUCAAAUUUCACAGAUGAUUCCUGACAUAAAAUUUGGCCAUAAUACCAGAGUUGUCUUGGAUAUUGGUUGUGGGGUGGCUAGUUUUGGUGCAUUUUUGCUGCAGCGUAAUGUUAGCACUCUUUCUAUAGCUCCAAAAGAUGUUCAUGAGAACCAGAUUCAAUUUGCACUUGAGCGUGGUGUGCCAGCUAUGGUUUCAGUUUUUGCAACACACCGUCUGUUGUAUCCAAGUCAAGCUUUUGAUUUGAUUCACUGUUCAAGGUGCAGAAUAAAUUGGACACGUGAUGAUGGAAUCUUGCUUCUUGAAGUAAAUAGAAUGUUGAGAGCUGGAGGAUAUUUUGCUUGGGCAGCACAGCCAGUCUAUAAGCAUGAAGUUAAAUUGCAAGAACAGUGGAAAGAAAUGGAGAAUCUUACAUCACGCAUUUGCUGGAAACUGAUAAAAAAGGAGGGUUAUAUUGCUUUAUGGAGGAAGCCUUUGAACAACAGCUGUUACCUAAAUCGUGAAGCUGGAGCACAACCUCCACUUUGUGACCCGAAAGACGAUCCAGACAAUGUUUGGUAUGUAGGCCUGAAGGCCUGCAUUACAAGGAUACCUAAUAAUGGAUCUGGAGCUAAUGUGUCCACUUGGCCUGAGCGCCUACAUCACCCCCCGGAUAGACUACAGACAAUUCAGAUGGAUGCCUUCGCUGCCAGAAAGGAACUCAUGAAGGCAGAGUCAAAAUAUUGGAAGGAAAUUAUUCAAAGUUAUAUUAGUGCCUUUCGCUGGAGGGAGUUGAAGAUACGAAAUGUAAUGGAUAUGAGGGCUGGAUUUGGAGGGUUUGCAGCAGCAUUACAUGAAUUUGAUCUUAAUUGUUGGGUUAUGAAUGUGGUCCCAGUCAGUGGGUUCAAUACCUUGCCAGUAAUCUAUGAUCGUGGUCUCCUUGGAGUUAUGCAUGACUGGUGCGAGUCAUUUGAUACUUACCCAAGGACAUAUGACUUGCUGCAUGCAUCCGGUCUCUUUUCCGUUGAGAGGAAAAAAUGCAAUAUUUCCACCAUCAUGCUUGAAAUGGAUCGUAUACUAAGACCAGAUGGUAAAAUUUAUGUACGAGACUCAAUCUCUGUCUUGGAUGAGCUUCAAGAGCUUGCAGCUGCAAUGAGCUGGGUAUGCUUUCUUCAUGACACAGGCGAGGGUCUUCAUGCUAGUUGGAAGAUCUUGAGAUGCAGCAAGAAACAAUAACCCCUUUUAGCUGAUAAUUGUUGAAACAUCUUGCAAGUUUUUCUCUCCUCAAAUUAUCACAUAAAUUGUUCACAAGCUAGGGGUCAAUAUAGCAUAGUUUAAUCCCACUAUAGUAUACCUGUAUCAUAGUUUUAGUCAAAUAGGCAUUGUCUCAUACUAAUACUUUGGAUUUUGAGAUCACAACUCCAAAGAUUGGAGCAUAGAAAGAUAGAACUUACUGCACUGUAUCCCUGAUCAAGGGAAAAUAAAUUCUUUGUGAGUUGUAACCAUUCAACCUAGAAAGUUUGUUGUGUAGUUAAUGUUAUUGUUCUAUAAUG